AUGUUGAAUUUUUUAACUGAUCUGGAUCUAGUCAAUUCUAGAUUUUCUCUUUGUUCAGCGGAAAAUGAAAGUGAAUUCGAUACUAUAGUCAUAUGCAAUGCGAAAAAAUGCUUGGUAAUGAUUCAUCAACCCGCGAGCUCUUUAUAUGAGGCCCAAACGGGAGAAUUUAUCCUGAAAGCGGAAGAACUUUUGAAAUUGCGUGAAACCCUUAUAAGGGUUUAUGUACAAAGAACGGGCAAACCCUUAUGGGUUGUAUCCGAAGAUAUGAAAAGGGAUGUUUUUUAUGUCAGCAACAGAAGCCCAAGCUCAUAG